UCGGCCUCGUGCUCUGACCGCGGCGCUCCGCCGGCCAGGUUGUCUGCGUGUGGGUGCGGAGCGCUCAGCGAGCGGCGCCACGAUUGACUUCCGGUCGGUGGCUCAUCCUCCCCCGUGUGCGUUUUGUUUUUCUUUGGCCACCAUGGCGUCUUUUAAACUGGACUUCCUCCCGGAGAUGAUGGUGGAUCAUUGCUCGUUGAACUCCGGUCCUGUUGGCAAGAAGAUGAACGGGUCCUUGGACCACCCCGAUCAGCCGGACGUGGACGCCAUCAAGAUGUUCGUGGGCCAGAUCCCGCGCUCCUGGUCGGAGGAGCAGCUGCGCGAGCUCUUUGAGCCGUACGGCGCCGUGUACGAGAUCAACGUUCUCAAGGACCGCAGCCAGAACCCGCCGCAGAGCAAAGGCUGCUGUUUCAUCACAUACUACACCCGCAAGUCGGCCUUGGAAGCGCAGAACGCUCUUCACAACAUGAAGAUUCUACCAGGGAUGCACCACCCCAUCCAGAUGAAGCCGGCUGACAGCGAGAAGAAUAACGGUGAGCCUUGGCCCAUGACCGCCCGCACGCACAUACCUGGCUGCCUUUGCGCGCUAACGCUGCGUGCCGCGCAUGCAGCCGUGGAGGACAGGAAGCUGUUCAUCGGCAUGAUCUCCAAGAAGUGCACCGAGAACGACAUGCGCUUGAUGUUCUCGCCCUACGGCCAGAUCGAAGAGUGUCGCAUACUUCGGGGCCCCGACGGACUGAGCCGAGGCUGCGCCUUUGUGACCUUCACAGCUAGACAGAUGGCCCAGGCCGCCAUCAAGUCCAUGCACCAGUCCCAGACCAUGGAGGGCUGCUCGUCACCCGUGGUGGUCAAGUUUGCCGACACCCAGAAGGACAAAGAGCAGAAACGCUUGGCGCUUCAACUGCAGCAGCAGAUGCAGCAACUCAGCGCCGCGUCCAUGUGGGGCAACCUGAGCGGGCUGGGAGCUCUGGGCCCGCAGUACCUGGCCAUUUACUUGCAGCUGCUGCAGCAGUCGGCCUCGGCGGGGAACGCACUCGGCAACCCGCACCCCGCUGCAGUGUGCACAUCAGGUCUGAAUGCCAUGCAGAAUUUGGCCGCUUUGGCAGCAGCGACCGCCAGCCAGGCCUCAGGAACCGGCUCGGGCGCCAUGACCGCAUCAAGCAGUCCCCUAAGUGCACUCACCAGCUCAGGCUCGUCGCCCACCUCCAGCUGCGUGUCGUCCGUCAACCCCGCCGCCGGGUCUCUGGGAACGCUGCAGUCUCUGGCCGCCGGCGCGGGAGCCGGCCUCAACGUGGGCUCGCUCGCAGGAAUGGCCGCUCUGAACGGUAGCCUGGGCUCGGGAGGCCUGUCCAACGGCUCCGGGGGCACCAUGGAGGCGCUGAGUCAGGCUUACUCCGGAAUCCAGCAGUACGCCGCCGCUGCCGCCGCCGCCACCGCGCUGCCGGGACUCUACAACCAAAGCCUGCUGUCGCAGCAGAGCGUCUCGGCCGCGGGCAGCCAAAAGGAAGGUCCGGAAGGCGCCAACCUCUUCAUUUACCACCUGCCUCAAGAGUUCGGCGACCAGGACCUGCUCCAGAUGUUCGCGCCCUUCGGCAACGUCAUCUCGGCCAAGGUCUUCAUUGACAAGCAGACCAACCUCAGCAAGUGUUUUGGCUUCGUGAGUUACGACAACCCGGUGUCGUCGCAGGCCGCCAUCCAGUCCAUGAACGGAUUUCAGAUCGGCAUGAAGCGCCUCAAGGUGCAGCUCAAGCGCUCCAAGAACGACAGCAAGCCCUACUGAAGCCGGGCCGGGCCG